CAGUGGAAGAUUCCCGUGCCAGGAGAGCCCGAAAGCCGUGCGAGCGCGCCUCCUCGCCUCCUCCGGACGGUGCGUGUGCGUGAGAAGUGCGGGGAAAAAGGGGAGAAGCGUGCUGUGCUGAGACGACAGGGAAAAUUUUCCAAGGAAUCACAUCAGCAACAGACGCGCCAUUGGAAGUACAGUGAGUGGCAGAAGGACGCGGACGUGCGCCGAAGGGCGCGAAGAGAAGUGUCGUGAAGCUGUAGAAUAAAUCCAGCGAGAAAGCCUAAGAAAUAGAUGGUUUUGAAGCUCUUCGCACUCUUCAAGAGAAUUCGGUAGAAGAGCAAAAGUCCAGUAGAAUUAAUUGCCGUGCGCGCACACUCUUGCCCGCCACUGUACUUCUCUCAAUGGAUCAUCUCGUGAGUGUGUAGUAAAUCUCUCUUAUAAAUUCUCUCACAGUUGACAGAUUACGCGCGCAAAGUGAGACAGUUUUUCAUCUCCCUCCCACACGCCGAGCGGACAAUGUAAGGCCGCCGCGAGGGUGAAUUCCAGUGUUUAGCGUUGUGUUUGGCCAAAUGGAGCAGGACUCUCAGGUGGCGCGGCCCGCCGAGCCGCCGCGGAUCAGUGAGAAGUCCCCGGCCGCCGAUCCGCAGCCCUCCUCGUCGUCCGGCCAGUCGCUGAAGUCUGAGCCGGAGCGCGGUGACUUUGUGCCUCAGCCGUCGUCCAGCACGUCGCCGGCCGCCGGCGAGGCGCCGAAGCCGGAGGAGGAGAAGCGCGACAAGCACAAGUCGCCGUCGUCGGCGAAGCGGGAGGACGUGAGGUCGUACGCCAACGGCAGUCUUCAGCCGCCGACCGGCGGGAAGCCGCUGAUGGCGGCGCUCACGAAGAAGCUGUCCAAACCGCGCGGAAGACCAAAGCGAAAGGCUCUCGUGAAGAUGUACCAGAGUGAGAUCAGUGACAACAAGUUGGGCAUAAAGUUGUGCAUUAAGAAGUCAGAAACGCCGCCCGCCAUCAAGCAGAAGAGCAGCCGGAAGCGGUCACGCAAGUCGAAGGCCAGGAGAGCCUCGGACAGCGAUGAUUCGGACUAUGAGAAGCGGCGGCGGAAGGAGUUGAUCAAGCAGCGUGCGAACAACAACACGGACAAGGCGAAGGAGGAGGCGGAGUUUGUGGAGCCGGAGGAGCAGAGUUGCUGGGGCGCCACGCUGCCCAAGAACGUCCUGCACACGAUCUUCCUGUUUGCCGUCCAGGAGGAGGGCUGUCUGCCGACGCUGAUCAAUCUGGGGCGCGUGUGUUCGCUGUGGCACGAAGUGUCGCUCAAUGCGGCGCUCUGGCACACGCUGGACUUGAGUGCGUGGGUCAAAGAUCGCUUCAAGACGGAGCUGAAGCUCAAGUGGUUCAUCGACAAUCGCUUCAGGGGGUGUCAGGAUGUGAAUGUGAGCAACUGGAAGGUGACAAAUGUGCAGUGUGUGCUGGAGAAGAUGGUGGACACGUGCCCGAAUCUCGUGGGCAUGACAUUGGCUGGAUGGAAGUUCCUCCUGUGCGAUCAUCUCAGCUAUAUUGUGGAGAACUUCAGGAAGCUGGAGCGAUUGGAUCUGAGUUCGAUUAAUCUCGAGGCCAAUGCCAACAAGACGGCGGUCGGUUUCACGUCCCUCUGCAAUGCCAUACAAGGACUCAAUGGGCGAUUGACGCAUCUUCUGCUGGCGCACAACAAACUCGGCGCUCUGCCGCAAAUCAUCACGGCGCUGGCGACCCACUGUCCGAAUCUGGUGCUGCUGGAUCUGUCCAACAUCUGCACACUGGCCAUGUCGCAUGCCAUCCUGCACAUUGAGAAGCUGCAGCACGGCUGCCCGAAGCUCAAGGUGCUCCGAAUAACCAAUGCCCAAAUCACACUCAGUCAAAUUGGUCUGCAGGAACAGAUGGAGUCGCCGGGAUUCCCAGAUCUGGAGGAACUCAGCGUUGCCUCGUUGGCGGAAUCGCGCCUCAUCAAUGAUGAAUUCGUGCAGAGAAUCCUCAAGUCAAGUACAAAACUCAAGUUGCUGGACGUGAGAGGUUGCGCCAGACUCACACACGACAGUCUCAUCAGACUGCCCGCGUGGGAUCUCAAGCAUCUCUUCCUCUCGGGAUGCUCAGUGACGAGAGAUUACGGUUCCGGUCUGGAGUUGAUUGCUUCAAAGUGGGCGCACAGCUUGACUGAGAUCGAUCUGGCCUGGGCGAAUGUUCAGGGGCCGCUGGACAAUGCUUUGAAGGCGUUGGCGGAGAAGAAGACAGAAUCUCCUCUCAGCCACUUGAACUUGUGUGGAUCGUCAGUUUCCUUGGAGGCUGUGAAGGAGAUCCUGAGCAAUUGUCCAAUCCUCAGCUCAAUCAACCUGUCGUCGUGCCGCGGACUGCCGCGGGGCUUCAAGCGGCUGCUCCAGGGCCCCACGGAGAUAACGGAGCUGCGGGAGAAUCUCGGUGCGCCGCUGCAAGUGGUGAAAAAGGAGGAAAGUACAUUGGACUGAAGUGAGAGAGACAAAAAGAGAAAAAGUGCAAAGAAUGCAAUCUAAUGGCAAUUCUGAGUGUGUGAACACGCUAAAAAAUCACGAGCCGAGUGUACAAGAGUGACUGCAAAAGAAAAGAGCGUCUGACUCUGAGGAAGAAGAAAGAAAAAACCCAGGAAAUCGUGCGUGAAAGACAAGAGAGAGAGAGAGAUUGAGUAUAGAAAAGUUUCUGCAAGUUUUUAGUGUACGUUUGUAUGGUUAAUAAGAUGAAUUUUAGUGAAGUAAAAAAAAUCGAUGAGGAAAAAUGUAACACAAAUUGAUUGAGGAGGAGAAGAAGAAAAAAACAACACAUUUUUACACAAUUGUAUAAUUAUAAAUAAUUUUAAAA